AUGGACCCGGCCAACGAGAACACGCCCGACGGCACCUCGCCGCGCACCUUUGCACUCAACCACCUGCGACCCAAGUCGAGCUUCGUCGGCUGCUCGCGCAUCUCCGACUAUGAGCUCAUGGGCAAGCUGGGUGAGGGAACAUUCGGCGAGGUUCACCGAGCUCGAUCCAGGAAAACGGGUGCGCUCGUCGCGCUGAAAAAGAUCAUCAUGCACCACGAAAAAGAUGGAUUCCCCAUCACUGCUCUGCGAGAAAUCAAGCUUCUCAAGCUGCUCUCGCACCCCAACAUCUUGCGUCUCGAAGACAUGGCCAUUGAGCACCCUUCGAGGCCGACCGACAAACGCAAAAAGCCCAUCAUAUACAUGGCCACGCCCUACAUGGACCACGAUCUCUCUGGGCUCCUCGACAACCCCUCCGUGCAUUUCAAGGAGCCCCAGAUCAAGUGCUACAUGAAGCAGCUGCUCAAGGGCCUAUCCUACCUCCACGAAAACCACAUCCUCCACCGCGACAUGAAGGCCGCCAACCUUCUCAUCAGCAACCAGGGCAUUCUGCAAAUUGCUGACUUUGGACUGGCGAGACACUAUGAUGGACACACGCCGCAACCCGGCCGGCCCAUGGGCGACGGACGCCGCGACUACACGGGACUCGUCGUCACGCGCUGGUACCGCCCUCCCGAGCUUCUCCUGCAGCUGCGUCAGUACACCACCGCUAUUGACGUGUGGGGUGUUGGCUGCGUGUUUGGAGAGAUGCUCGUGGGCAAGCCCAUCUUGGCUGGAGAGAGCGAUGCCCAUCAGCUCGAGCUGAUUUGGGAUCUCAUGGGCACGCCCACCGACGAUACCAUGCCAGGUUGGAAGAGGCUUCCAGGAGGGGAGCACUUGUCGCCGCGACUUCGCCCCGGCAAUCUCCAGAACCGCUUCAGAGAGUUUGGCAGCGGAGCAAUUUCACUACUCAAGGACUUGCUCAAGCUGGACUGGCGGACACGCAUCAACGCGGUCGAUGCCAUGGAGCACCCGUACUUCAAGAUGGCACCGUUGCCCAUGGAGCCGCACGAGAUCCCCACGUACGAGGAGAGCCACGAGCUGGACCGUAGAAAGUUCCACGACCGCAAGGCAAACCUCCCGCCUGCGCCCAAGGGCGGCACCGUCGGUGUUGGACCUGACGCAAACGGCGCCACUGCGGGAUUCAACAGCAGCGACGGCUAUAGCAGCCGCAACGGCAUAAACGGUGCCAGGUUCAGAGGCGGCCCAGAUGACCGGCGACCGGGUUGGUCGCGAGACAGAGACCGCGGACCGACUUCGCGGCCGCCCCAGGAUUGGGCAGGCGCCAGGGACGACCCGGACUAUCGAGAUCGCGGAGCACCGCGCAGCCGUGUCCCGGCACGUGCUGCGGACAUCGACACAUAUAUUCCGAGCUACCGGCCGGAAGAUGGUGGUGGCCGCUGCAGGGAAGACUGGCCGCGCGAUGAGCGCCGACACCGACCGGCCAACGACCGAUGGAACGACCGCCGCGGCCCGGGCAGAAGCCGCAGCCGGUCCCCCGGCGUUGUCGACAGGAGAGACCGGGAGCGGGACAUGUAUCGACGAUGA